UUUAUUUUUCUCUCAGUCCAACCCAAGAUUCUUCACUCAAACUUGCGACUCAAUGAGUAUCAGUCUCUUUUGUUCACCCUCCACCUCUUUUUGUACAUUGAUGCAGAAAUGGACCAGAAUUUCAGGUUGCUUUUGUGUUUGUUUUAUGUAUGCCAUUCAUUAACGGCCUUCAACAUUGAUCCUGUGACAUGGAAGACCUUCACAAACAAUGAAAAAACUGGCUUUGGCUAUAAAGUGAUACAAAAAGGUGAAAGUCUGCUAGUGAGCGAUCCUUUAAUACAACGGAGUCAAACUCAAAGAGGACAAAUUUAUGACUGUUCUGUCACCAGUGGAAACUGCGUGCCACUGGCCAUUACUGUCCCAGUUGAAGCUGUCAACAUGUCCCUUGGACUUUCAAUGUCUCUAGAUCCUCAGUCUUCAAGAGCAGUGGUUUGUGGUCCAACCAUACCUAAGAACUGUGACGUAACAACAUACAACGGCAUGUGCUUUAAAAUCAGUUCAGAAAAUGUUGUGAGCAGAUCUGUGCCUAGGACUCUGAGAGAAUGCCCAAAGUCACAAAUUGACAUUGCUUUUUUAAUGGAUGGAUCUGGAAGUGUAAAUUAUGCAGAUUUUAUGAAGAUGAAGGCUUUUGUUAUAGAAAUGAUCAAAAGUUUUAUAGACCAUGAUACAAAGUUUGCCAUUGCACAGUUUUCUACAAAUUGUUACAUUCAUUACAAGUUUAAACAAAGUUUCAAAAACGCCAAGCAGUGGGAAGAUGAAGUGAGAACGAUAUCUCAAAAUAAGGGAUGGACUAACACAGCAAAAGCUAUAGAACAACUUGUGAGGGAGCUAUUUGUAAGUGAAGAAGGUGCAAGACCAUCAGCCAGUAAAAUUCUGGUUGUUAUCACAGAUGGUGAAUCAACUGAUAAAUUCUUGACUGAAGCCGUCAAAAAAGCACAAGCAAAAAAUAUAACACGAUAUGCUAUUGGGGUUGGCAAUGCUUUUGAUAUUGACACAGCCACAAGGGAGCUGGCAAUUAUCGCAUCUUUACCCACCAGUAAGCAUGUUUUUAAAGUAACUGACUUCGACGCACUGGAAAGUAUUCGUGGACAACUCAAAGAGAACAUUAUUGCAAUUGAAGGAACCCAGACCUCCGGUGAUUCAUCCCGGAUGGAGUUUUCACAGGAUGGUUUUAGUGCAGCAUUUACAUCAAAUACAGAUCUAAUAAUGACUGCAGUGGGAGCUUUCCAGUGGAAAGGUGGAUAUCAGCUGCACAAACAGAAUGAUCGGUUAAAUGUCUUUCAAGCUGGAAGUGAGCAUGACAGUUAUUUAGGUUAUUCCUUGGCAAUAGCAACAACAUUUGGAGCAAAGUAUGCAGUCAUGGGAGCACCAAGAUACAAGCAUAGGGGACAAAUAACUGUUUCAAGAAUUGAUAAUAUUCAAAGCAAUUUAAAGGAACUGGAUCCCCCUAAGCCUCAGAUUGGCUCAUAUUUUGGAGCUGAGGUUUGUGUGGUGGAUUUGAACAGUGACUCCAGAACAGACCUCCUGUUGGUAUCGGCACCAACAUACAUGGAGCCUGACCGGGAGGGCAAAGUGUUUGUUUACACCUUCACUCGCCGGUCUUACUUUGAUUUUUCGGGGAUGGUGCUGGUGGGAAUGGCAGGUCAGAGGGGUCGUUUUGGUUCUUCUCUGGCCAGUCCAGCAGAUCUAAAUAAUGAUGGUUAUAUGGAUGUGCUGAUUGGAGCUCCUUUAGAGGAGGAUGGACAGGGCAGCAUCUACAUCUUCAAUGGAGGAGUAGAUCAGAUUAAUUCUGCCUAUUCACAGAGGAUUACUGGAUCCUCUUUGCAACAAGGUUUGCGGUUCUUUGGGAUUUCACUAAGUCAGUCCUCUCCAGACCAGACUCAAGACAGCCUUCCUGAUAUUGCUGUAGGGUCCAUGGGAGCAGUUCUGCUUCUCAGGUCCAGACCCAUUAUGAAUUUGGAAAUCAGCGUACAUUACAACCCAUCCAAAAUACCAACCGGUGAAACAGACCUGUCGAUUAAAAAUACCAUCAAAAUGUGCUUCACUAUGAGUCCAUAUAAGCACAGCAUAAGAGGCCUAACAGCAAAUAUUAAUUACACCAUAAUGCUGGAUGCCAAGCGACAGAAAUAUCGAGCAUAUUUCUCACCCAAAAACCGCAUCCUCAAUAAUGAUAUGAAUAUUAGUACUUAUGACGAAACUUGUAAAAGUCAUCCUUUCCUUAUAGACGCUUUCUCAGAAGAUGCUCUGAUCCCAUUGUCUAAUCAGUUAACAUUCACAUUUGAGGGCCUACCAUCUGCCAAACUGCAAGACAUAAGGCCAGUACUGCUGCCGGGGAUAAAGACCACCACAGACCACAAUGUGGAUUUUGAGAUAAAUUGUGGACAUGAUGACAUUUGUGUUGAUGACCUCAGGAUGGAUUUUAGUUUCUCUGGUUCUACAAAUAUAGAGGUUGGGAUCAUGCAGGAAAUCGAUGUGGUAGUGUUUGUAGAGAACAGAGGAGAAAACUCAUACAACACACUCUUCACCCUCAACUACCCCUUUGGACUUUCCUACAGGAGAAUCACAUCUAAACAGGGCAGAGUGGAGUGUGUAUCUCUUGACAGUGAGCAAAAAGGUACAUUUGGAGAGACCACUUGCCACAUAAGCAAACCCAUCCUCAAGGGCAACGCUCAGGCUGUGUUUCAUAUUACAUACAGCAUCGAUAAAGAAAGCACCUUCGAUCAAAAGGUCAGAUUUACUGCUAGAAUCAACAGUGGGAAUGACAAACACUCUCAAACCAGUGAAUUAUCCAAAGAGAAAAGCAUUGGUGUCAAAUAUGCCAUCUAUAUUUCCUUAAUAAGACAUGAAGAUUCAACCCUCCACAUUAAUUUUACUGCACAGAAAAAUGGUACUGAUAAACCAGUCCAACAGAUACUAAAGAUUGAAAAUGACUUUAGAGAACUAAGAUUUAAAGUUCUCAUCAAAGUUCCAGUGAUGUUGGGAGAUAAAUCUAUCUGGACUGAUAAAAACAUACAGAUUCCAGGCUGUGUGAAACAGAGGGAUAAGCAACCAGUAGUAACUGAUUUUGUCGAAGAAAUUAAAAAGGAUCGUGUGGUGAACUGCUCUGUGGCAGUGUGUGCCGAGUUCAGCUGUGACGUCACUCUCAUAAAGCAUGAAAGGAUGCUCUAUAAUAUUACUGGCAAUGUGAGCUCUGGAUGGAUUGAGCAGACUGGACUCGGAGCUGGUGUUUUUCAGCUGGUCAGUUCAGCAUCUAUGGAUUAUGACAAGAGCAAAUAUGUUUUAUUUUCCUCUGAUUCUCAACAAACUGUACCAUCUGUUCAGAUUAAUACUCAAGUGGAGGUGUAUGAGGAGGUGAAUCUGACUAAAGAGAUCACGGGAGGAAUAAUAGCAGGAUUGCUGCUACUGGCUCUCAUCACAACGGCUCUCUAUAAGGCUGGUUUUUUCAAAAGCCAUUACAAGGAGCUGCUAGAAAACGCAGAAGAAAGCCCUGAUUAGGGGCCAACCACAACUUAUGUUAACUAAUUUAACAAACCCUUUUAGAUCAACCACAAAAGAGAUGCAUUAAAGAUUCAAAUGUGGCUUUACAUGCAAGUGAAAAUUUGUUCCACUACCAACAUUAAUAAUGAGAUUUAUUACAUGCAUAUGCAUGCAAAUAUUAUUGAGAUACUGCUUGUACAAUAACCACAUGUUGCUGUUUUUUUUUACCAACUAUGUAAUGUCUUUAUUAAAUAAAAGGGACUGGUUGCUUUAAAUGGAGGAGAAACAACUACUGACACCUCAAGUUCUGUUAUGACUACAUCAGAGAGGUUUAAAUCUGGAGUGUGUGAUUUCACUUAAUAAAUUAGC